AAAUUAUAAAUACAAGUAGUGUUUACCAAAAACACAAGAAAUAAGGAAAUCGUCACCAGAGAGGUCCGUUUGUGCAUUGGUCAUGAAGAGACGAAAACGCCGCCACGCCCCUUAUACACCACCACUACCGGACGAUUCUCGCCGCCGUUUUCCACCACCCGAAGCCCAAUCCCAAGCCCAACCCCAGUCCCAAGCCCAUAUUCACCCGUCAGUCUUAAUCGAUGAUCGGGAAGCGGCUCAGGAACGCGAGAUUGAAACCCUUCUCCUGGACAACCACCGUCUAGCUGCCGCUCACGUCUCUCUUAAGAAGGAUCUCUCCUCCGUCCAGCAGGAGCUCCGUCUUCUCUCUUCCACAGCCGCAACCGUCAAGGCCGAAAGUGAUGCUCAAGUGCGUGAGGUUUACGACAAGGCACGGAAAAAGGAGUCCGAUGUUCGUAUAGUCGAUGAACUUAGUGUAGACAUGGCUAGGGUUAGGACCGAUAUUCAGAACCUAAUUGACGACCGCAAAGAGCUCACUGCCAAAUUGCAGAAGAUGGAGGAUGAUCUCGUCAAGGUUGGUUCCGAGUUACAGCAGUUUCCCGUAAUCAAAGCCGAAAUUGAGGCCAUGCAUAAGGAAGUUCAACGAGGAAGGGCUGCUAUCGACUAUGAAAAAAAGAUGCACACCAGCAACCUUGAAUAUAGUCAAGCAAUGGAGAAGCAUAAGAUUACUGUGACUUCUGAAAUUGAGAAACUACAUGCUGAGCUUGCAAAUGCAGAGAAGAGGGCAAGGGCAGCAGCGGCUGCAGCGGCUCCAAGUAAUUUAAACCCCCAGUUUUCUGCAGCAACUCCAAAUUUUACAUAUUCUGCCAAUUAUGGAAAUUCUGAAACAGGAUAUGGAGAGAAUCUGUACCCUGCUCCGUAUGCUGUGCAUCAGGUUCAUGGCAGUGCUGAUGCAAGCACCCAAUAUGUUCCAGGAGCCAUGUCAUAUGGUUCACAACCCUAUGUACAUCACUAGUUUGUGGUUUGCAACUGAAAAAUAUCUGCUGGAUCACAAGCAGGAUGUAGAUGUGACAAACUUGGGAUUUUUUUUUUGAUUGCAUGAGAACAGUGGUUUCUUGAAGAAGCACAGAUCAAAUGAUUUUUCUUGGUGCAUUAAUGCUGAUCAAACUGCAACAUUCGUCUUGAGUGUAGCCUCGGAAGUCAGAUAAUGACAGUUCUUGUUCUUUCUGCAUCUCUCUUUUGCCUUAAUAUGAACCUGUAAUAAAUGCAUACUUAAAAAUGUCGUUUUUAAAAAUCCAGUUCAAGCUGCAA